CACACUGCAUCUACUAAACUAACUCUAUUAGUUCCUCCACACAAGCCAAGUAGGGCGGGCGGCGUCUGGCACCAACACCUGGCACCUACAAGCCCACUGCGCUUGGAGCUCCGCUAACCAUUUCCCUCAAGAUCUCAGCCGGCACCCUGACAUGAAGCUCAAUUUACUCGCCACCACCGCGAUUCUGCUGGCUGCCUUCGUACCGCGCUGCGACUGUCGGGCCAUCGAGCGCCCCGCCGCCGGCGCCGGCCAGCUCGCCGCCUCCGCCGCCCUGGUCGCGGACGGCCAGCGGCGGCGCACGGGUCCCGUCCUGCAGCGGCUCGGGGAGGAAUACUUCAUCCGCUUCGACAACGGCAACUCGGACUCGGCGGGGCCGUCGUCGCCGACCUACCCCGGCGGCUCGGUCUACAACAGGGCUCUGCAGCUGCAGCUGACGCGCCGCCUCUUGCAAGGCAAAGUUGGGGACGAGUCGACGGAGCGGGGCAGGAGGUCCGAGGACCCGCCGAUAUCGCUGGAUCUGACCUUCCACCUCCUCCGGGAGAUGAUGGAGAUGUCCCGGGCCGAACAGUUGGCGCAGCAGGCGCAGAACAACAGACGGAUGAUGGAACUCUUCGGGAAAUAAAAGAUCUCUUCUCUCUCUAUCUCUCCAUCUCUCUUCUUCUUCUUCUUCCAAAGAUAGCCCUCCAUUUCUUCUUCUUCGUUCUCUGCAGAACACGACUCUGUAUCACAGUUGCUGCUCGCCGUUUAUUUAUGCCUAUUUGAACCUCAGAGAAGGGAGCGUAACGCAGCCUUGGCUCAUCGUCGUCAGUGUUAGAACCGUGGCAUAGUGCACCACAUCUUGAAAAUGACACCAUGACUGCCCUUUAUUAUUAUCAUCCUUAUUUUUAUUUGAUUUUUUAAUUUUUAUU